AUGCCUUUGAUCAACGGCCAGAAAAUGGCGUGCGAGCCUUGCAUCCGCGGCCAUCGCUCAACUAAAUGCACACACGCAAAUGAACGUCUCAUGGUGCCGGUACGGAAGCCUGGUAGACCGUUGAGCUCGUGUCCUCACCCUUCCUCGCGACCUUGUGCAUGCGCAGCUGUCACUGCCGCCAUUCCCAGAAAACAAAAGUGUCGGUGUGGGACGUCGAAUACCGCCAGUCCUGCCCACGCGACUGACAAUGACGCCUCCAGUCGUGCCACGACACCCCCUAGUCCUUCGAAGCAUGGUCAUGCUGGGUUUCGAGUGCACAAGCAGGGUACAAAGUCGACGUCUUGUAGGAAGCAGUCGGUUGAUAUUGCCGGCUUGCAGAGGAUGGACACGAGCCAGUUGAAUGUCAUGCCGCCCUACAACGGACUGACUGCGCAGCAAAUGAGAACGACCGACGGUUCAACCACUCCCAUGUCGGACGCGUCACUCUACGGAACCAUGGCCAUGGCACCUAGCGACGGGUCAGUCGUCACCAGUCAAGCAAACUUUCCGCUGUUUCCCUACACCAUGCCGCCUUCCACGAUACCUGCUCCAGGCAACCCGGAACCCGCAGCAGAUGGGGAAACCGAUGGCCCAGCGAAUGGUUCUGGAACCUCGAGCUCCCGAGCCGCCAAAAGCUGCUGUGGCAGCAGCGGCGGCGGCCAAAAGUCAUCAUUGCAAAUCGACAUCCCUCCCGGGCCAACACCCCCACCAAGCGCAAAGGACAAGGCGGAGCAAAAGGCCGAAAGUUGCUGCUCUCCCCAGCCUUCAUACAACGCUCACAUCAAGGAGUCGACUGCCGGGAUCAUGUCCCCUCCCGGAAUACACUUCCCACCAAGCCCGGCCAUGAUGCAUCAUCCGUUUGAACAGGGCGUGGCCAUGGGAAACGGGCUGUAUCCUUUUUAUGCGCAACCCAGCAUCUUCAACUACCCUCCGCAGUACGGCUCUUACAUGCAGCCCCUCCAGCCCGAGCAAUGGAGGCAAUUCAUGGCAGCCAUGACGUUUGGCCAACCGGGGGCCUGCCCUCCAUUCGCCAUGGCAGGAGCAGUGCCCAUGCAGCAACCUCCGACCACGCCGAAUGGAUCCGCCUGGACAUCACAUCAUUGCAGCUGUGGUGAUUCUUGCCAGUGCAUUGGAUGCGCAGCUCAUCCCUACAACGAGGCGACCAAAAACUAUGUGCGCUCAGCUUGGAACACAUUGAGGGAAGAUUCGGACAAGGGGCCGCCUGCUCAUGCAAAUGGCAAUGGAUCGACUCUGAACGGGCCGGCGGCUAUUGCGAGUGGCUCGAAUGGCUCGAAUGGCGAGCACGAAGAAAUGGCAAACGGAGCCUCUCACGGAACGUCGACUCCCAAUACAGUCAACCCCGACGGAACGUGGUCGCCUGUUGCUGCGCAGACGCCGUCAGACGCAGCGUCGGGCAUAAGCGAAGAGCAGGCGUUAUCUGCGAGUGAUUUCUUCUUCGUCAGCUACCCGUUUGACGACGCCUGUGCCGGCCAAGGGUCGAGUUGUCCAUGCGGCGACGAUUGUCAAUGCAUCGGAUGCACUAUUCACAACAUUUCCGGUCCGGCGGCGCAAGGCCCAGGCAACGAUCAUCCUUGA